AUGCUUGAUGGGUUGAGCCCCCAGGCUGGCAAGAUCUGGAAGAAGGCAAUGCUAACCUUCACCUACAAUGGCAAAAGGAUGAUGGAAACAUUCCUCAUCUGCAACACUGGUACUCACUUGGCCAUCCUAGGUUUGAAAUGGUUGGACGCCCACAAUCCAGAGAUUGAUUGGAACCAACGUACCAUCACAUUUCCCCAUGCAUCCCUGGAACACAUAGCCAUUGCCAAGGAAGAAGAAGCAGAUCCAAACCCACUUGAAGGAGUACCCUCUGAGUACCAUCAAUACACUAAGGUAUUUGGAGAAGAAGAAUUCAACAAGCUUCCCCCUCACCAGCAUUAUGAUAUAGGCAUUGAAUGA